UGAGCAUUCAUCAGGGGAGAAACAAUGUGUAAAAACAACAACAAAAAAAACCCACCAGAAACUAAGAUGGGGGAUAACCCUUCUUUCCUCUGCCGCUUUACCAACAGGGCCGCUUAUGCCAGCUGGGUAGUGAAUUUUGUGAACUAGAAGUUUUUGCAAAGGUGCUACGAGCUUUAGAUAAAAGACAUCUGCUUCAUCACUGUUUUCAGGCUUUGAUGGACCACGGAGUAAAAGUUGCUUCUGUACUGGCCUAUUCUUUCAGUAGACGGUGCUCCUACAUAGCAGAAUCGGAUUCUGCUGUAAAAGAAAAAGCAAUCCAGAUUGGUUUUGUUUUAGGGGGAUUCCUGUCAGAUGCAGGCUGGUACAGCGAUGCUGAGAAGGUAUUUCUCUCCUGCCUUCAGUUAUGCACCCUUCAUGAUGAAAUCCUUCAUUGGUUUCGUGCCGUAGAAUGUUGUGUAAGGUUGCUGCAUGUUCGAAACGGUAACUGUAAAUACCACUUGGGAGAAGAAACGUUCAAACUCGCUCAGUCCUACAUGGACAAACUUGCAAAACAUGGUCAGCAAGCAAACAAAGCGGCACUCUAUGGGGAGCUGUGUGCUCUGCUCUUCGCCAAGAGCCACUAUGAUGAGGCUUAUAAAUGGUGCAUAGAAGCUAUGAAGGAGAUCACAGUUGGCCUGCCUGUAAAAGUAGUAGUGGAUGUUUUACGACAAGCUUCAAAGGCUUGUGUUGUAAAACGUGAAUUUAAGAAGGCUGAACAGCUGAUAAAACAUGCAGUAUACCUUGCCCGGGAGCAUUUCGGAGCCAAGCACCCCAAAUAUUCUGAUACGCUACUAGACUAUGGAUUUUACUUGCUCAACGUAGACAAUAUAUGCCAAUCUGUUGCAAUCUAUCAGACAGCUCUUGAUAUCCGGCAGUCAGUAUUUGGAGGUAAAAACAUACAUGUAGCUACAGCGCACGAAGACUUGGCUUACUCUUCGUAUGUUCACCAGUAUAGCUCUGGAAAAUUCGACAAUGCACUAUUCCAUGCUGAACGUGCUAUUGGCAUUAUAACUCACAUUCUCCCAGAAGACCAUCUUCUCUUGGCAUCUUCAAAGAGAGUUAAAGCACUUAUCCUGGAGGAGAUUGCAAUAGACUGUCACAACAAGGAAACUGAGCAGAGGUUACUUCAAGAAGCUCACGACUUACAUCUGUCCUCACUCCAGUUAGCUAAAAAAGCCUUCGGGGAGUUUAAUGUACAAACAGCAAAACACUAUGGCAACCUUGGAAGACUGUAUCAGUCCAUGAGAAAGUUUAAGGAAGCAGAAGAAAUGCACAUCAAGGCAAUUCAGAUUAAGGAGCAGCUUCUGGGUCAAGAAGAUUAUGAAGUUGCCCUGUCAGUCGGUCACCUAGCUUCUCUCUAUAACUAUGACAUGAAUCAAUAUGAAAAUGCUGAAAAGCUGUAUUUGAGAUCCAUAGCAAUCGGAAAGAAGCUUUUUGGUGAAGGAUACAGUGGACUUGAAUACGAUUACAGAGGUCUCAUUAAACUGUACAAUUCCAUUGGCAAUUACGAGAAAGUUUUUGAAUACCACAAUAUUUUGGCCAAUUGGAACCGGUUGCGGGAUCGGCAGUUCUCAGUUACAGAUGCGCUGGAGGACGUAAGCACCAGCCCUCAAUCCACUGAAGAAGUGGUCCAGUCUUUUCUGAUGUCUCAGAACGUUGAUGGACAGAGUAGCUAAGAACUUGGUCAAUUAACCAGUUAAGGUUUUUUCCCCCAGGUUACAGGGGGAAAAGUCAUACUGUGAAAUCUAAACCAUGUAGUUCUCUGGGGGCUGGAAUUUGCAUUGAAACACUGGUCCAGUCUACUGAAGAGUGUCCAUACGGAUGAAUGUGUGUUAAAUUCUUAUCAGCAUGUGUAUGGCAUGUUUAGUUCGGCUCACAUUUUUAACUUGGUAUUCCCGAAAACCCCUUCUUUCUCUCUUCUUUCAAAAGAAGCUACUUUGCAGAAAGUCUGCAAGAAAACAUUAAAUAAAACUGUUUGAGUUCAAAAGAGUUGCAUUCUUAUUAUGAAUGGAAGGUUUCAUCAAGAGCUUUCUUCUGAUACAUAGAAAGAAUAAAUGCUGUACUGUAAGAAGUUACACCAGAAAGGUCUUUCUACCAUAUGCAUUGUAGCAAAGUUAAUCGUAGCUAUCAAGAAAAGGGAGAACGCCCUAGCCUUGGCCGCUGCCUUAUGAAGAAAAGCGGCAAAGAACCGCUUUGGAGAGCAACAUACUCCUUGCGAACCACGAUAGGUUGUAAGCCAGCAACCACCGUAUGUUGUUUUUAAUAUCCUGAACUGGACCAGUGUUCAUCUGUAGGCGAUAGGAGAUCCAGUAGACCAGCAAUCUUAGCUUCCUUUGGUACCAACCGAGAGUGCUAAUCUUCUGAACAGGACCAGGAAAAUCAAAAGUGGACCAGCCUGCUAGAAACAGCUUUUGGACCAGUGGCUUUAAUUUAAUAUUUCUGCCCCUGCAUUCACUUUUACAGUAGAAUUAUUUCAUUUAGAUGUAUGAUCAGUGCAAAAUUAUAUUCAUGUAAUAGAUACAAAACUAGGAAGUGAACGUUCUUUAGCGGUUGCGAUGGCAUGUCUUUACCUAGUAAGCUUAUACGAGUAUUAAUGUCAAUGCCACAAGCAAAAACUAGAAACGCUUGACUAUUUGCUGCAGCCAUCUUUUUUUUUUUUUUUCCUUUUUGAAUGGGCUUACUCUAAUAACGGAGGCAGUAACUUGUUUAUACCAGUUAAUAGUUUUGUAUUACAAUCCAGUUCAAUUUUCUGUUUCUGGAGAACAUAGCUUCUUGUAUAGUUUGCAGGGGUCAGCGGAAAAUGCCAAAAAGCACAACAGGUCUUUUUUGUGAUGCUUCAUUUCUACAUUAAACAAUAGUACAACCA